GAGCUGCUGGCCGGAAGGAAGAAGUUCCCGGCCAUCAACGUUUCGGGUGGCCGCCUGAAAUUACCUCGCGUCGACUUGCAGAACAAGACGGGUGCAGAUCAUCUUCCAGCACCAAGCGGAUUUCCACAACCCGCGUAUGGGGCCGGGUCUCAGCUUCGUCUAGCCAGACGUCUUCUAAGGCUCAUCGUUCGGAUGAAACAGCAUACUCGGGUUUGCCCACCAACUAAACAGUCUAAACCAUUCAAA